AAUCCCAAAUAAAACCUAAAUCUGCAAAAUUCCUUUUCCCUAUGUAUCCUUUCACCUCGAACAUUUAACCAUUGCAGUGCUAAUUCUUAUCGCCGCCGCCACAGAUGAUCAGCGACGCCAAUGUCCACGGCACCGCCGCGGCGCCUCCGUCGAACGUUACGAUGCCGAUGCAGCGGCGCCACCACAUGAUGAUGCACAUGACCUUCUUCUGGGGGAAGAACACGGAGAUCCUCUUCCAUGGCUGGCCGGGCUACGAUCGCCUCUGGAUGUACCUUCUCUCGCUCCUCGUCGUUUUCGCAUUCGCCAUCGCCGCCGAGUGGCUGACCUCCGCCGCCGGCGUCCUUGGAAAAUCUUCCGACGGUUGGGCGGCGAGGGUUCUGCGGACGGCCUCGUACGCCGCGAGGACCGGAUUCGGUUACCUGGUGAUGCUCGCCGUCAUGUCCUUCAACGGCGGCGUUUUUGUGGCCGCCGUCGCCGGACACAGCGUAGGGUUCUUCUUCUUCGGGAGUAGGGCGGCGACGAAACGGCCGGCGGUCUGCGGGUGUUGAUCGGCGACGCCGGUAAACCGAUUGGGUUAAUAAUAUAAUUAAUUGCUUUCCGAGGGACUUGAUGAUAAUAAUUCUCAUAUGUUGAUCUGUGGGUUUGGAUUUUUUUUUUUUUUUUCUGUGUUUAUAUGGUUGAGCAAAUUAUGAGAAAUUGGAAUAUUUAAUUGUUAUUAUUUAUUAUUAAAUAAUAAUAAUAAUAAUAAUAAUGUGUA